UCAACAUCUCACUUUAAUUGUAGUCUGUAAGGUACCAGCAGGCAGGCAAAGCUCACCAGCCAGCAGCCAUGGAAGAUCCAGUCUUCACUGACAACAGUGAAAAUGCUAACAGCACCACUGUCUCUGAGGUUUCAGAUUCUGAGGAAAAUAAAGGGGGUGAUCUUUUUGAUCAUGUCCAUGAAGAUUCAGCAUCCCCUUUUUCCAUUACUAAUACCCCAGAAAACAUGGAUGGUAGUAAGGAGAAUUCAGAAGAUAGCUGUAAUGAUUCUGUGGCCUCUCAGCAUGGAAGUGAUGGAGAAGAUGAUUCUUCAUCUCACCAUGGUGCUGAAGAAGACUACCCACAGCAGCAGAUGGAUCUGAUGAGCCCAAUUCUGGAAGACAAAGAUGAAGAGGGCUCAAUGUUUGAGAGCAACCUGCAUUUUCCUCCAGAUUUCCAGUUUCGUCAGAGACAGAGCACUUUUACCAGCUCUUCAACUUCCCUCAAGUUUCCCCUUAACAAUAACUCUGGAGAAACUAACAACUUCCAGGAAGAUUUUGAGAUUUCCGUUUUUGUAAAGGCUGGUAUAGAUGGAGAAAGCAUUGGGAACUGCCCAUUCUCCCAGCGUCUCUUCAUGAUCCUGUGGCUCAAAGGAGUUGUGUUCAAUGUCACCACUGUUGAUCUGAAAAGAAAGCCAGCUGACCUGCACAAUCUGGCUCCUGGGACCCACCCACCUUUCCUGACAUUUAAUGGGGAAGUCAAGACAGAUGUUAACAAGAUUGAGGAAUUCUUGGAAGAGAUUCUUGCACCUCCAAAGUACCCCAAGCUGGCUGCUAAGCACCGGGAAUCAAACACUGCUGGAAUCGAUAUCUUUUCCAAAUUUUCUGCAUACAUCAAAAACACCAAGCAGCAGGAUAAUGCUGCGCUUGAAAGGGGCUUAGUGAAGGCUCUGAAGAAGCUGGAUGACUACCUGAGAACUCCCCUGCCAGAGGAGAUUGAUGCAGACAGCACUGAAGAGGAAAAAGUGUCUAAACGCAAGUUUCUGGAUGGAGAUGACCUGACACUUGCUGACUGCAACCUUCUGCCCAAACUCCACGUUGUGAAGAUUGUUGCAAAAAAAUACCGCAACUUCGAGUUCCCGGCGGAGAUGACGGGGCUGUGGCGGUACCUGAAGAACGCGUACAGCAGGGAUGAGUUCACCAACACCUGUGCAGCAGACAAAGAAAUCGAGCAAGCCUACGCAGAUGUGGCCAAGAGGCUCAGCAAGUCCUAACUGCCCCCAGCCAUGGCUCAGUGUCCCCUUUUACAGACUCUGCUCCUUGUUGCCUUAAGAUGUACUUUAUCGUUA